AUGGAAAAGUUGGGUCAAUUGCUGCCCCGAUUGAAGAGCCACACUUUGAACGAACUGUGCGUCGCGUUGGGGGCCGGAAUUGGAACCACAAAGACCAAACGGACGGAGAAUAUCUUGAAACAGUGUCGGAUUCUGCACUCGUUCAAGACACAGUAUGACAGUAAGGGAAACUUGAAGAUCUCGUCCAUCGACUCCGGCGUCGCCAAUUUUGCUAUCUCCUCCGUUGUUGUGAACCCACGGGGGACGGAAGUGGUCCAUUGGGGGAAAAUUAGCUUGGAGAGAGCGUUCCUGCAGGGCUGCCCGCUCGGGUUAUCACCGCAAGAGACGUACCAGUUGGUGACACAGUUGACAGACCACAUUGCAUGGGUCACAGCGGGAACUUCUCUGUACACCGUGGAGAGACAGAGAACGCGUACAGGGUCGUCGCGGUUUGUGACCGACCCUGUGAUCAAAGUUAACGUGCUCGAGCACUUGCUGUAUUUCUCGCUAAAGACUAGGGGGUACCACGUCGAGUCUUCGGACCCGGUAAAGAUCGGGAAACUGUGGGUCCCCCAGGAAAUCUUUUCGGGCGCUCGAUCAAAGAAGUAUAGGAUCUUGAGAGCUUUGAACCUUGUACAAAAUUGCAAUUCCGCAGGAAACAACGUACAAUUCAACGAACGAAUGAGAAAGACUUUUACCCAGUACAACAGGGAGCACGCAGGUAAGAGAUCGUCCCUAUUUGACGCCCUCGCCUUAGACCAGGACGGAGUCGCCGGCACCAAAAAAGACGACGACCUGGCAGACUCACUGCUCCACGCGCUCUCCUGGGACCAGUGGUUCCGUACGUACGUGGAACUCUACACCCGAAUGCACGAGGGCGACCCGUCAGAGACACUUCUCACGGACUUCUGCGAGAGUAGAACCGCCCAACUAGAGCGGCUCUCGACUCUGGAAGACCCCGUCACGUGA